GCCAACUUCGCGCGUCGCCGUCACCACAAACCGUCCAUUUGCCAGCGGACUUUCAAAGGAGAAAGAGCCACGCACUCAACUUGCUAAAAAUAAUUCAAAAUUUAAGAAAAUAGGCGUGCCUCCAUUGACCAAAAGAAUUGAACUAUAAUGACACAUCUGACAAAAAAUUUCGCACGUCCGGAAAAGAAUGAGGAGGUUGUGACCUUCGGCAGUCUGGAUCCGUCGAUUCAAGAACUUCUGACUGCGGCCUUCCAAGUGCGUCAGCGGGCAUACGUUCCAUAUAGUGGCUUCAAAGUGGGGGCAGCUUUUCGGGCCAAGGUCGAUGGACAGAUCUUCGCUGGCUGCAAUGUGGAAAACGCCGCCUUUACGCCGUGCUCUUGUGCCGAGAGAACGGCGAUUGCUAAGGCCGUGAGCGAAGGAGCCACCGAAUUUUCCGCAGGUGCUGUUUUGGCCUACGAACCUGAUGUAUUCACCACUCCUUGCGGCGUUUGUCGUCAGUUUAUACGCGAGUUUGCCAACGCGGAUAUACCCAUCUAUGUGGCCCAGGCGAUCGAUGCGAGGAUUGCUGAAAAGCAGGAACUUUUGCAGAGUGACGAUCCCGUCCUGUGCACCUCAAUCUUUAAUCUGUUGCCGAGCAGUUUUCGCACCUAUCGAAAGUAACGCCCAUUGCAGGCAAGAACCGAAAAGAGGCAGAAGGGAGCUAGUUCAGGGUUGUUCCUCGACCCCUUACUGCCUCGGGUGAAUCAUCUAAUCAAUAUAAUUUUAAUCUAAUCACUUGCAAUAAAGAAAAUUACACUACUUA